AUGAUCGAUUCCAUGUUCGAUUCCAUGAUCGAUUCCAUAUUCGAUGAAUGUGGCAGUGUGUGGCAGUGCAUGUACAACAAGGACUCCAGCCAUCAAACCAUCGGAUCGAGCCAGGCUUCACCGUCUCGCACUCAGCAAAGCCAAGCUGAAGCCAGCACAGCAUCGUCGUGGCCCGAUAUCACCCAACUCUCCCUCGAACACAACCCAGACAUCUUCACCAUCAUCUGUUGCAACGACAGCUUCCAGCUGGCACUCGACCACGACACAGUCAAGACCCUCGUCCAAGUGUGCAAACGAAUCCGUCCUCUCCUGAGCUCCAAGGUGGCUCGCUUCCAUAGCUGGUGCCAGAAGUCAAUAUUGUACCAUCCAGACAGACAGAUGCGGAUCGGCCUCACACCGAGCGACCAGAUUGCCAUCUCGCUGCACUGCAAGGAUCCAGUCACCGCCGACCGAUCCUGGCUCGUUGUUCAGGCAGACCAGGGAAAUGCUGCCGCUUCAUACUUCCUGGCAAAGAUCCUCCAAGUCGAUCUCGCUGUCGAUCAGUCUGCAGACAAAUCAGAGGCCAUCCGCCAGCAGAUCUUCCACCAUUUAGAGAGUGCCGCCGAAGCCCAACAUCCAAUGGCACAUUUCCAUUUGGCCCGAUGUUAUCGCACCGGACUCGGAGUCGACCAAGACCAAAUUAAGGCUCUCGAGCUGUAUCGCGAUCUUGCAGAUCGCGGAAUGGCACAGGCUCAAAUCGCUCUCGGCGAUUGCUACGAGGAUGGCGAUGGUGUCGAUCAAGAUUACGAUACAGCCAUCGAGUGGUAUUCCAAGGCAGCAGACCAGGGCAGCGAGGAUGGUCGACUCCACAUCGUGUUCCUCCGAGCCUGGUUCUCGUUCAUCGGCCACAAUGUCGAACAGAGCGACGCCGAUGCCUUCCACCACUGGCAGGAAGUCAGCACCAAAUCGUCUGACCCAGUCAUCAAACCCAUCGCCACCCACAUGCUCGGGUGGAUGCACUACCUCGGCCGGGGCACCGUGCGAGACGAACAGAAAGGAGUCAGGAUUAUCAGAGAAACCAAGUCCGAUGAUUUUAAGCUCGGAGAGGACGAGUGUCUGGCUACAUCGCGCAACCGCCGCUCCGACUCACCCGCUUUCCGCAAGCUCUUCGAGCUGUGCCAGUUGGGAUCGGACUGUGACUGGCUCUGCAAGCAUCUGAUGGCGGUGUGUCUUCACCAUGGAUUCGGAACCACACAAACCCGGGAGAAGGCAGCAGGCAACUUUGAGCAGCUCGCCAAUGAGGGUCACAGCGACAGCCAGUUGUGGAUCGGAUUGUGUUAUCAAUGUGGCCGAGGAGUGUCGAAAGACCACAAGAAGGCAUUCGAGUGGUAUUGCAAGUCAGCCAACCAAGGCAACCCGUACGGCCAGUGGAGGGUUGGUGUGUGCUACUUUUGUGGAUACGGAGUAACCCAGGACUUCACCAAGGCAGUCGAAUGGUAUCGCAAGUCGGCCGAACAGGACAAUAGGAACGGACAAUUUUCUCUUGGUGAAUGCUACAAAAAUGGCUGGGGCGUCCCUCGAGACAUCGACACCGCCGUCUUCUGGUGGCGCAAGUCCGCAGACCAGGGUGACAGAGAUGCUAUCAGCCAACUCGAGCAACUCGGCCUGUGGCCCUGAUCCCCGAGUCCCUCCCGAACAAUCAUAUCGCAACACCGAACAUGCUAACAACCCAGUAUACCACACCCCCGUCGUCAACCAGUUCCAGACACCGUGAUAUCGAAUAACGGACUUGCAACGUGGAUCUGACGAAUCGAUAUUGGCUGAGCAGGAUUGUAUUUGACAACCAAUACACCCGAUACAUUGAAUACAUCCAAUACAACCAAUACAUCCGAUACAUUGAAUACAUCCAAUACAACCAAUACAUCCGAUACAUUGAAUACAUCCAAUACAAUCAAUACAUCCAACACAUUCAAAAAGUCCAAU